ACCGAACCGCCAGCAGAAACGUUCAGUUCGCUUUGCGCCGGCGAAUUCGAUAGAUUUUUGAGUUUGAACUGCUAAAUCGCUGGGGAAAAGUGUGUGUUUUGCGAUCCAGCCAAUUGAUACUGCGAUAAGAGGCGGCGAGCAAAAGUAAUUACCUCAUAACCAUCAGCGUUCGAAAAUAGUAACCGUGUUUUCUGUGAUAUCUGUCUGCAUAAAAACCACGUAACAUAGCCACCAACUCAACACAUUAAGCCCACCAAAAUGAUCAACAUGGACAUUAGCGUUACGCCCAAUUACUCGUACAUCUUCGAUUUCGAGAACGAUUUCAUACACCAGCGCACGCGCAAAUGGAUGCUGGAGAACUGGACAUGGGUGUUCUACUACUGCGGCAUCUACAUGCUGGUCAUAUUCGGUGGUCAGCACUUUAUGCAAAAUCGGCCGAGAUUUCAACUGCGCGGCCCGCUGAUCAUAUGGAACACCUUGCUGGCCAUGUUCAGCAUCAUGGGAGCAGCCCGAACGGCGCCGGAGCUGAUUCACGUGCUGCGUCAUUACGGACUCUUCCACUCCGUCUGCGUGCCCAGCUACAUCGAGCAAGAUCGCGUGUGCGGCUUCUGGACCUGGCUCUUCGUGCUCAGCAAACUGCCCGAGCUCGGCGACACGAUAUUCAUUGUGCUCCGCAAGCAGCCACUCAUCUUCCUGCACUGGUACCAUCACAUCACCGUGUUGAUCUACUCCUGGUUCAGCUACACGGAGUAUACCAGCUCGGCACGUUGGUUCAUCGUGAUGAACUACUGCGUGCACUCGGUCAUGUACAGCUACUAUGCACUGAAGGCGGCCCGCUUCAAUCCGCCCAGGUUCAUCUCGAUGAUCAUUACGUCACUGCAGCUGGCACAGAUGAUCAUUGGAUGUGCCAUCAAUGUGUGGGCCAAUGGCUUCCUGAAGACGCACGGCACCUCAUCCUGUCACAUCUCACAGCGUAAUAUCAACCUGUCGAUCGCCAUGUACUUCAGCUACUUUGUCCUGUUCGCGCGCUUCUUCUACAAGGCAUACCUGGCGCCCGGUGGCCACAAGAGCCGGCGCAUGGCCGCCUCUCUGGCAGCACAGAAUGCGGUCAAGCAGUCGAGCAGCAGCCCACAGCAGGUCAGCGAGAGCUCCAAAUUCAUUGGCGCUGGCGAGGAUCAAGCCGCCUAUCUGCGCAAGACCAAGGCGCAGUAAGAAGGGAACUCGGCACAUCCACACCUACUCCCAUCACCAAUACCACUCCCCCCUGUUUACGGCUAAGGACAUUUAUUUAUGUAGCGGUGUACAAGUUGUUUUUUAAUUUUAAACCUGGGUGGCACACAGACACACAGAUACACACACGAUCGUGCGUUCGGGAGAGAGUUUAAUUUGUAAGCAGAAAGUUGUACCGGGUUGACAGGUGUACGAACUAUAUAUCUGAACAUGUAUAUAAGAAACAAGAACUUUAGCUAACCAAAAAAAAUCGAGACAGCAAACUGUUUGUAACUGGGCGGGGCAUGAAUUUAAACCUCUAAAAACAUUCAUGACCACCCCCAGCCAAGGGGAAAUAUUAAAGAAAGGAAUGGAAUUUAGCUGCUUACUAAUUUGCAUUAAAUUAAUAGUCACUCUAAAUAUAUUUCCCAGCUGCUGCAGUCGUAUGCAAUCCUUUCAGCGUGUGUUGUCAAGCCCAAAGUCGUUUAUGUAUAGAUUAUAUAAUUUGCAGAAUUAUUGACAGCCUCUAAAUUAAUAUUUGUUUUCCCCAUAGCCUUCGAUUCCAUUUCGAUAUUUUCGUUGUCAGCGAUAAUUUGCCUUCUCAGGUGGGAUUUUGUGUUGCCUCCCAAUUUUAGUUAAAAUUCUCAAGAAGGUUCGGGACUCUAGCCUACGUUUAGGGUAUCGCUCAGAACGCGAUACAUGGCCGGCAGGCAUUCUUGGUUAGAAUUCAAUUUGAGUUGCUGGAAAACUAUUUUCCAAUAAACACUUUUGUAGUUGUGGUCUAAGAACUUUGUACUUCUAAGUCUAUACGCAUAUAUAUUUAUAAAACUUAUAUUAACGGAAUAUUAAACAAGUGAAAACUGAAAAAAAACCAUUGCAAACCAAUAACAAAACACUAUAAGUUAGUCAGUUUAUUGUUCCAAGAUCCAGAGCGCAAAUUGUUAUUGUAAAGUAAUAAAGUGUUUUGAAAUCUUUAUAAAUUAACAAUAUCUGUAAUAGUCAAAUGACGAUUGAUGAAAAUUCUGCUGACUGAGUGGCUUGAUUUUGUCAUUUCGUAUCCUUUACUCCAAAAACUGGAACAUUGUCAUAGUCACGAAAUAAAUUAUUUUCGCAAAGUUGAAACCAAUCAGUCAGUAUAGUUUUAAGUGAGUGUCAUAAUGCUAUAAAAGGUUCGAUUCUGUUAGGGGAAGGCAUUUAUUUAGUUAAUCUGUGUUGAAUGCAUUUUAGUAUUCCUUCAAUUUCUCAGCUGCUUUUGGUAACUUAGAGAAACUACAGAAAGUCCUUGAACGUAACGCAAAACAAAACAAAACAUGAACAAAAAACAAAAUAACCAGAGAAAAGUUUAAAUUAUAUUUAUAUUUGUAAGCGAACGGAAAAUGUGGAAGAGCAGAAAGCAAGAAAAUGAAAAGCUAAAGUCCUACUUGAAAAGUUAGUUUAGUGUAAACGAGGAAAUUGUAAUUGAAAUUGAAAAUGAAAAUGAAGCAGAAGCUGAAAGAGAGGAUCGUGUGAAUGGAGAGGAGGAUCGAUUGAUACUAAACUCUAGCAGGAGAGAGAAAUUGAAACGAACAAACAUGAAAUUUUUGUCGGGUAUACAUACUAAAUACAAACUAAGCGAAAACAAAACUAAAGAUUGAGAAUGCUAAACAAAAACCAACGGAUAAAUAAAACGUAACAAACGGAAAAGGAUGGAAAA